CUUUCACUGGCAGCAGAUGAAGCAGGAGCUGAGCCAGCUCUGGUUUGCGGGAAGUCAGAUGACCUUUUCCCUCUCCCAGCUCUGUGCCUCUCCCGGCCCCUAAGGUAGACACCAUGGACCCACUGAUGGCUGUUCUUUGCCUGCUGCCCCUGUACCCAGGCUUGGUUACGGCUGCUCCCUCCUGCCCUCAGAAAGUGAAUAUCUCUGGGGGCACUUUCACCCUCAGCAACGGCUGGGCCCCUGGGAGUAUCCUCACCUACUCCUGCCCCCUGGGCCACUACCCAUACCCGGUGGCGACAAGGCUGUGCAAGAGCAACGGACAGUGGCAGGUCCCGAGAUCUACCCGGCCGGCAAAGGCGGUCUGCAAACCUGUUCGCUGUCCAGCCCCUGUUACCUUUGAGAAUGGCGUGUAUACUCCACGGCUGGGGUCCCACCCUGUGGGCAGCAACCUGAGCUUUGAGUGUGAGGAUGGCUUCACACUGCGGGGCUCGCAUGUGCGGCAAUGUCGCCCCAAUGGCAUGUGGGAUGGGGAGACGGCUGUGUGUGACAAUGGCGCCAGCCACUGCCCCAACCCGGGCAUUGCCGUGGGUGCAGUGCGGACGGGGUCUCGCUUUGGCCUUGGGGACAAGGUCAGCUACCGCUGCGCCUCAAAUCUGGUGCUGACAGGGUCUGUGGAGCGAGAGUGCCAGGACGACGGGGUCUGGAGUGGGACGGAGCCCAUCUGCCGCCAGCCCUACUCUUAUGACUUUCCUGAGGAUGUGGCUCCUGCCUUGGGCACCUCCUUGUCCUACCUAUUUGGAACCACCAAUCCCACCCAGAAGAAGAAAGAAAAGGUGGGCCGCAAAAUACAAAUCCAGCGCUCUGGUCACCUGAACCUCUACCUGCUCCUGGAUGCCUCUCAGAGUGUGGCAGAAGAGGACUUUCGAAUCUUCAAGGAUAGCGCCUCCCACGUGGUGGACAGGAUCUUCAGCUUUGAGAUCCAGGUUAGUGUUGCUAUCAUCACUUUUGCAUCAAAGCCCAAAGUCAUCAUGUCUGUCACGGACGACAAAUCCAGGGAUGUGACUGAAGUGAUCCACAGUCUGGAUAACAGCAACUAUAAAGACCAUGAAAAUGGAACCGGGACCAAUGUCUACGAGGCACUAAAUGGUGUCUAUGUCAUGAUGAAUAACCAAAUGCAACGGCUCGGUAUGAACACGGCGGCCUGGCAGGAAAUCCGACAUGCCAUCAUCCUUCUAACAGAUGGAAAGUCCAACAUGGGUGGCUCUCCCAAGGUGGCUGUUGACAAAAUCAAAGAGGUCUUGAACAUCAACCAGAAGAGGAAAGACUACCUGGACAUCUACGCCAUUGGCGUGGGCAACCUAAAUGUGGACUGGAGAGAACUGAAUGAGCUGGGGUCCAAGAAGGAUGGUGAGAGGCAUGCCUUCAUUCUGAAGGACGUGAAGGCUCUGAGCCAGGUCUUUGAGCACAUGCUGGAUGUCUCCCAUCUCACGGACACCAUCUGUGGGGUAGGGAACAUGUCUGCCAAUGCCUCUGCCCAGGAGAGGACACCCUGGCAUGUCACUAUUAAGCCCAAGAGCCAGGAGACCUGCCGGGGAGCCCUCAUCUCGGACGAGUGGGUCCUGACAGCCGCUCACUGCUUCCGCAAUGCUGAGGACCACUCCCUGUGGAGGGUCAGUGUGGGGGAUCCCAGCUCCCAGUGGGGCAAAGAAUUCCAAAUUGAGAAGACAGUGAUCUCCUCUGGGUUCAACGUCUUUGCCAAGAAGAAUCAGGGAAUCCCGGAGUUCUAUGGCGAUGACAUCGCUCUGCUAAAGCUGGCCCAGAAAGUGAAGAUGUCCACCCACGCCAGGCCCAUCUGCCUUCCCUGCACGGUGGGGGCCAACCUGGCUCUGCGGAGACUUCCAGGCAGCACCUGCCGAGACCACGAGAUCGAACUUCUGAACAAAUUGAGCAUUCCUGCUCAUUUUGUGGCUUUGAAUGGGAAAAGGCUGGAUGUUAACCUCAAGACAGGGUUGGAGAGGGAAAACUGUAUCAAGGUUGUCUCUCAAGACAAAACCACGUUCCCCAACUUGACAGAUGUCAGAGAGGUGGUGACAGACCAGUUCCUAUGCAGUGGGACCCCGGGGGAUGACAAUCCCUGCAAGGGAGAAUCUGGGGGAGCAGUUUUCCUUGAGCGGAAAUUCAGGUUUUUUCAGGUGGGCCUGGUGAGCUGGGGUCUGUACAACCCCUGUGGCAGCUCUGAUAAGAAUUCCCGCAAAAGCCCGCCCCGUGGCAGGGUCCCACCACCACGAGAUUUCCACAUCAAUCUCUUCCGCCUGCAGCCUUGGCUGAGGCAGCACCUGGAGGGCGUCCUGAACUUUUUGCCCCUCUAGUCGUGGACACCGAGCCCUUUGCUGGACCUGCCAUCUCUCCCGUCUCCUACCUCUGCACGUCCACCCUCAGCCUCCAUGACCCUUUCGCACUCCUUGUUCUGACCACAUUCCUGCCUCCAGGGUCCGGAAGCAGCGGCACAUCCAGGCCGGGGAAUCCCCGGUGCUCCUGCCAGCACCGACCCCACCCUCUGCUCUCCUUGGCUCGCUCUCCGUCCACUUUCACAGGGAAUGACUAUGUUAUGAAAUUAAUAAAAAUCAGUGAUUUCCA